AUGCCUGGAAGCAUUAAUAAUGGGCGUCCACUAGCAGUCGACGACCCUAAUGAACAGCAUUAUCAACAUGCUAUAAAUGACCGCGGUAUCGAAGAAGGCUAUGUCGAGGAGUACGCAGAAAAGCCCCCACUGCCCACUAAAAGAAAAUUCUACAAAAAGAAGAAGUUCUGGAUCAUCUGCCUUUCCGUUGGUCUUGUAAUCUUCAUUGUUGUCCUACUCUUGAUCCUCUUUGUAGCUUUCCCAAAGAUCGCACAAUCCAUCAUGAACAAAGCUAACCUUUCCGUCCGUGAAGCAAACAUUUCAUUCUCCAAUCCUCAGACUACCGGUACCAUCACAAAGCGUGACGGAGAAAUCGAUACCAACUCGACCUUCUACAUGUCCAUGGUCACCGACAUGUCCAACACCGGUCCAUUCCAUGCUGACAUCAAGUUCCAAAACCCAAUUGAAGUAUACUACAACGAAACCAUGAUUGGUAGCAUCACUUUACCCGAUUCAAAGAUUGCCGGCGGUAAAGGUGUCCUUGAGGCCGUCACUCCUUUCGUCAUCGCAGACACCGCAUACUUUGCUGCCUUUACCCGUGAGAUGCUUGCCAGAGAAAAGUUUACCUGGACUCUCAAAGGAAAGCUUAAGAUUACUGCUCUCACAAGAACUGCUACCAUUGACUUGAACAAAGACAUUGUUCUGGAGGGCAAGUUUCCUUACCAUAAUUUGUAG